AGUGACAGCUGCUCUGUCUUGAAGGAUCCGGAUCUGGUUUGGGAGGGUGAAGACCGCUGAAAUUUCCAGGCUGCCCGAGGCUCUAUCUUCCACCACCCAACGGUUCUUUUACAGUGGCUCUGAAAUGAGAGAAAUUGGAGAAAUUCUCCCUGCUCAGGAAAAGGUAGAGGCAAGAACUGACUUAAAGAUGGGUAAGAAGAGUGCUACUGAUCAUAAGCUAAAUGUGGACAAAGUAAUUAAAAAUAUUAACACAAUUUCUUUGGAGUUGAAGAAGAUAAAAGAUUUGCAUCAUAUGCUGAUGCUUACAGCAGCCACAGCUAAGGGGACUGGGAUUGCCAAGACCAGUUUGGACCAGUCAGAACUUACUACAGGAGCUGGGGAAAGGAACACCUCAAACGAAAUCAAGCUGUGACACCAAGAAGAAGAGGGCGUGGCCGUUAGUUAGGCACCAAAUAAGCUCUCCCAGUUAUUGCUUUGUGACCUUAUCCUACAUUUUAAUCAUCCCGUCAAGACUGAGAACUUAACAGAAGCAGAAAGAAAACAACCCCCUCUUUGAAGAGUCUAAAAUAUCAGAUAUAUCCCUUGUUUCUAACAGUUUUUCUGCUGAUUUCUUAUUUGUUACGAGUUUCUGUUUUUAUUGUUGAAGUAACAAAUACUUGGGAGAGUUGAGUUUACUAAUUUGUAUAUGUAUAAUUUAAAACAAAAUAAAAAUAAUGUUGUAAACAAGCA